AGAAGGUUGAGAAACAAGCAACGCUGAUCCUGCCUCUAGCGCAAAUAAUUCCGAGCUGAGGAAGCAUUUUGCUUGGGCAUUAGUGAGAUUGGCUCGCCAUUCUUGGGGCUGAAUGAAAAUUCUGUCACCAGUGCCCGACAGGCCAUCUGCUGACUGCCUUGGUCUUCCAUCAAACAACGCGGAAACAGCAUUUCUGACUGUCUUUGACAAUGAUUGUCACAGUACAGACAGACACACUGUGAUCACAGCCCAUCCUUCAUGCUUGAAUUCACUUGAUGAAUCCUUUGGCAUCAUUAUUAGGCAUCAAUGCAUCAGUAAGGGUGGGAUAUGUGUUGCAUUGCAUCUCAACCUAGAAUCAACCUACCACGUGACAUACCAAGAGAUCUUGGUGGCUUUGCAUUUGGACAUUGAGGCACUUCAUCCACUUGUUCUCCUUCACAUUGGAGUAUAAAGAAAGCAGCCCCCCCUGUUUUUCAAGCGCUACAAUGGUUCGCCAUCAAAUGGUACCUAGCAUUCACAGAUCUAAGUGUGAAGCACCGAUAGCUAGAAAGCACCCGCCACCAGAAAACAUUGGGAGACAAACCAAGCGGACAAGAAGGGAGGAACAGGAAAAGGAGGAGCAAAAGCCAAAAUCUUGUCGCAAGAGCCUGCGAUUAAGCCAUAAAAAGCCCCUUGCAGCUAACUGUCCUACCGACUCCCACUACGCUCGAGAACAGAAAACCAGACCCAACCGUAAACGAUACUGCGAAAAUCAAACAUACCUAUCUGUUAAGCGGCCCCAAUUACUCACGUCGAAACCUGUUGAAACCCCUUCCGCGGAAGAGCGAGUUAAUAUAAGCAACUUGAGCAAGGCCGACCUGAUUGGGUAUUGGUGCGUCAGCGGGCACUGGCCGAAGAACUAUUUCAAAGCACAGCCUGGACAGCCUGAAACUAUGAGCCGACUCCUUGCAAGAAAAAAGUCAUCGACAUCUCUUCACCGCAAGGACUCAAAUUCAAGCCUCGCUACGAGCACGAAUACACCCGGCCAAGAAUCAAGGGAAGGAAAGAGUGCCAAGUACAGAAGAGCGACCUAUGAAACCCUCCUCGCCACUCUAGGCAGCUAUAUGCGCAAGUCAGAGCUAGGGAUAACAGAUAAAAGUAAGAAUAUUUGCAAAAAUUUGCUGGAGAAUGAACAACCUACUCCUGAGAACACAUUAUUUCGAGAUGAUACCUUUGAGGAAUUUUGCCAAAGGCUACAGGGAAAAAAUGAGCCAAGGGUUAUACAGGAUAUAGCUCGAUUGAUUGUCCCUUCGGCAGAAUCUCUUGCGGUUGACGGGGCCAAAGAUCUGAGGCAUCUAGUUGAAAGUGUCAAUGAGACGUGGGGCUCCUCUAUUCCCUUCUGUGGACCACGCCCGCAGCCUGAUUAUGCGGUCGGGUUCGGCCGAUCUGCAUUCACGGAUGACCAGCUGAAGAAAUUCGAGCCGUUCCUCGGCUACAACCCAGACUCCUACAGCUCCUUCUUCCUGGCUACCUUCUACAUGUACUUCCCCUUCCUGACCUGCGAGGUGAAGGGUACCGCUGCGCUUGAUGUCGCCGAUCGACAGAAUGCACACAGCAUGACCCUCGCCGUGCAGGGCAUUGUUGAACUGUUCAGGCUUGUAAAGCGUGAAGAAGAGGUUAAUCGGGAGAUCCUAGCGUUUUCAAUCUCGCAUGACCACAGAACAGUGAGAAUAUACGGCCAUUACGCGAUCGUCAAGGAAGAGAAGACUGAAUACUAUCGCCAUCCGAUACAUACUUUCGAUUUUACUGCCUUAGAUGGCAAAGAAAAGUGGACAGCGUACAGGUUUACGAGGAACAUAUAUGAGAAAUGGGCCCCAAACCACCUGAACACUAUUCUCUCGGCUCUUGACGAGAUACCUCCGGGGGUAAAUUUUGACAUAUCGGACCCUGGAGACUCCCAGACUAAUGCCCCAUCCUUUGUUGAUGCGAAUAGCCAGGCGAGUUUCGCGCACUCUAUGGAAGUUACACCCAAUACAUCAUUUACUCAGCAGACCCUGAAGCGGCAGAGGAAGCAGUAACAUCCAAGUCCAGACCUGUAUCAUUGGAAGGGAUUGAAUCAGGCUAUCACUACUGUCUUCGGUGCCUUCCUGCUGAUCUUUCCCAGCAUCACACUCUCUGUGAGAUGGCCGAUGUUGUUGGUGUUUUGAUAUGGGUAUAAGAUCUAGAAAGCGAAUGUCAGGUGUUGAAUUAGUCUGAUUCCUUUGCUCUGCUUCCGUUUGAAAUACAUAGUCGGGCUUUGCGGUGACCCAAGUCACGUAAAAUGCAUGAUGAAGAAAGGUUCCAGC